AAAAGUUUAGUAAAUCUUUAUAAUCUGGAACGAAGCGUUUGAUCCGUCACCAAUGGCGUCCCUGGCUCUCCUGCCCACUUCCCACCCUCUCCAGUCUCCUCGAGCUCAUUAAUGGCGGAUCAAUAGAGAAAACUUCCCGAGUUGCUUCGUUGGCGAUAGCAUUUCUUUGAGUUAAUGAGCGCAUUGAUUGCCGCCAACGCUGGCCGACCGCUUCGGACGCAUUACUACUGAGUUUUGAGCCAAAACCCUGGCAGGGUAUUUGCCUCUUUCGACGCCGCCGCAUCGUCGCUUCGUUUCUCGCUUUCUCUCAACGACUACGUUGCCUCUUGCCGAUUCCUGUCGCAUUCCCAGAUCUCCCACGCGAGUCUCUAGCUUAGUUUGCCUGCGUGCUGUCGUUGUGAGGCAAGCCAAGGGGGGAGAUUUGAGGUUUUGCGUCUUGGUUAGGUGAAGCACUUUGUGGUACGCUGUUAAAGCUUGAUUCUUCUUGCAUUCUAUUUCUGGUUUUGCAUAAGAAAAUGCAGAAAAUCGAGAUCUCAAACUAGGGCAAGAAAUGAUUAGGAAGUCAGUACUCUUGGUGGUUUUUGCCCUUUGGUUGUCGGCUUUCGCCACUGGAAGUCUGGUCGACGACAGGCAAGCGUUGCUCGAUUUCAUCAUUGCCAUCCCUCACAGCCGCGGCCUCAAUUGGAGCCUGUCCACAUCUGCCUGCAGCGGCUGGUUCGGUGUCACCUGCAGCCCUGACGGCUCCCGCGUCGUCUCUGUUCGCCUUCCGGGGAUCGGGUUCAGUGGCCCAGUCCCUCCAAACACUCUCAGCCGCCUCUCCGCCCUCCAGAUCCUGAGCCUCCGAUCCAACAACCUCACCGGCUCCUUUCCUGAAGACUUCGCCAAUCUUACUUCCCUUACUGGCCUCCACCUCCAGCUGAACAGCUUAUCUGGUCCUCUGCCAACGGAUUUCUCUCCGUGGAAGAAUCUGACGGCGCUCGAUCUCUCCUUCAAUGAAUUCAACGGGAGCAUCCCAGGUACCGUUUCCAAUCUAACUAAGCUUGCCACUCUGAACCUCUCCAACAACUCAUUAUCCGGUGAAAUUCCAGAUCUUCAGCUCCCAAACCUCCUCUUUCUUAAUUUAUCCAAUAACCAUCUUAAUGGCUCAAUUCCCAAAUCCCUUCAAAGGUUUCCAAACUCUUCCUUCUAUCACAAUACUUUGGCAUCUACAUACUCUUUAACGUCGGCAUCACCACUGCCUCCUGCUCUUUCUCCUUUCCCAAGCUCAACAACCCUGAGGAAGUUGAAUGCGUCCCUAAUUCUCUGGACCAUAGUUGGAGGAUGCUGUUUAGCGUUUCUAAUACUCGCGCUACUACUCUAUUUUUGCUGCUCAAAGAGGAGAGACCAGAAAUUGGUGUCAGGAAAAUGGUCCAAGGAGGAUUAUUCACCAGAGAAGGCUGUGUCUGGAAGUCAUGAAGCGAACAACCAUCUUGUCUUCUUUGAGGGCUGCACAUUUAUUUUUGACUUAGAAGAUCUGCUGAGGUCUUCUGCUGAGGCUCUGGGGAAAGGGACAUAUGGGACUACAUAUAAAGCUGUGCUUGAAGAUGCAACUAUCGUGGUGGUGAAGCGGCUGAAGGAGGUUGGUGUCGGAAAGAAAGAGUUUGAGCAGCAGAUGGAGAUGGUAGGGAGGAUAAAACAUGAAAAUGUAGUAGGGUUACAAGCAUAUUACUACUCAAAAGAUGAGAAGCUCAUGGUCUAUGACUACUUCAGCCAAGGCAGCGUUUCUUCCUUGUUACAUGCAAACAGAGGAGGGCAGGACAGAAUUCCUUUAACUUGGGAAACCAGGCUUAAGAUAUCACUUGGAGCAGCAAGAGGAAUCGCACAUAUUCACAACAAAAACAAUGGGAAACUUGUCCAUGGGAACAUCAAGUCAUCCAAUGUUUUCUUGAACAGCCAGCAGUACGGUUGCAUCUCUGAUCUGGGCUUGUCAUCCCUCGUUAAUUCUAUAGUUCGAACUGCACCAAGAAUGGCUGGCUACCGUGCACCGGAGUUGGUUGAUACUAGGAAGGCCACCCAAGCCUCUGAUGUCUACAGCUUUGGUGUCCUCUUGCUCGAGUUGCUCACAGGGAAAUCUCCCAUUCAUGUAAGGGGUGUAGGUGAUGAGGUGGUUCAUCUUGUUCGUUGGGUUCAGUCUGUUGUUCGUGAGGAAUGGACUGCUGAGGUGUUUGAUGUGGAGCUAUUGCGGUGUCCUAAUAUCGAAGAGGAGAUGGUGGAGAUGCUUCAGAUUGCAAUGAACUGUGUUACUAGGAACCCAGAGCUUAGGCCCAAGAUGGCCGAACUGGUCAGAAUGGUUGAAGGAGUUAGAAGGUUCGACAAUGAAAACCGACCUUCAACUGAAUCUGGAUCAACAGCCUCAACACCAGGACAACAAAUUGAAGCAUAAACAACUCCAGAACGAUUAUGUUUUCUCAUACAUUAUAAUAUUGAAGGAUCCCUGGAAUGCCUCUUGCUAGAAUAAAUCUUUAUUUAGCACUA